UUUUAAUUGGAUACCGUCAACGUAACGUCCAGUUGCUUAUUAGACGCUACACGGGACGGUCACGUAGCUUUUCGAAGGGGCUUUCUAACCGCCUUUCUAAUUUCAAAUUGUACCGGUUAAUCUAAAAUGCAUCAAGAUGAUAGCUAAACUUAUUUUCAUUACGAAAGUGGAAGUCGUAGCAUUAUUCUUCGAGCCUAAUCAUCCUAAACGCUUCUUCAAGUACAGUUGACCAUAAUUACCAUCCGUUCCGUGUUCUAUUCGGUGCGGACUAUCAACCAGUUCAAAGUUAGUAUUACUGUGACGCAAAAUUUUAUUUCUCCUUAAUGUGCAUUAUAAUUCGUUUUUGUGGAAAAUCGAAGUGUGUUUUGCUCUGUUCGACGUAAGGACAUCCAAAGUGGACGUUUUGGAAGCAAAUUCCUCGAAAAACUAUCGGCAUUUUGCAACAAAAAACAACUACUAAAAACACAACAUAAAUUCACAUGGACUUGCGGACUUUUUAGAAUUAAAAAUAAACUGUGAAAUAUUUUUAAAAAUCGGCAGAAAAACAAACAGACUGUCUUAAACGUUGAUCUACCUACAUUUUGAAAACAAAGGAUUUCGAAGAUGGACCGGCCGAAAUAUCCCCGAAUCCACUCUUAUGGGAGCAUGAGUUCAGCACGAAGCGAUGAUGAUAUGACAGUCCACAGCCAGCUGUUCCCUUAUCCGAAAAAAAUGAUCGUGCAGAGAGAGAUACUUUAUGAAGAGGAGCAUCCGCCUUUUCAGCCGCUCUUCGCCACCACUAGGGUUUUCGGAAAAGCAAGAUGCACAUGUCUGCUCUUCAUGUACGUGGCGUUCUACAUCGCCUACUUGGUGACCGGAGCUUUGGUAUUCACUGCCCUGGAGACCCCGAUGGAGAACCAGGUCCUCUUGGAUGUGAUUCGCGCAAAACAGGACUUCAUGCUGAAAUAUCCGGCGGUUGUGGAUGAUGAUUUGGAGACGUUACUGGACGAAGUGGUUCGGGCCAACAACCGCGGCGUAUCUGCAUCUCGCAAUGUCAGCGGUGGACCCAACUGGAGCUUCGGACAGUCGCUGUUCUUCUCUUCGACUGUAGUCACUACCAUCGGCUACGGCCACGUGACGCCGCUGUCCAAGCCCGGCAAGCUGUUCUGCAUGGUGUACGCGCUGCUGGGAAUCCCGCUGACACUGGUGCUGCUGUCAGCGCUGGUGGAGCGUCUGCUGCUACCAGCAACAGCUCUGCUGCGAUCGCUGAACGCCGCGUUGGGCCAUCUGUACCGCCCCUUCACCAUACGCUUGGUGCAUCUGAUGAUCAUAGUGACGUUUCUGGUGGUAUUCUUCCUGCUUCUCCCUGCGGCGGCUUUCGACGCCCUGGAGCCCGAGUGGGACUACCUGGACUCGUUCUACUACUGCUUCAUAUCGCUCACCACCAUCGGCCUCGGAGACUACAUCCCCGGGGACUCCCCCGGCCAGCCCUACCGCCCCGUCUACAAAGUUGCCGCGACCUUUUACCUGAUUAUCGGACUAACCUUUUUGAUGCUUACACUGACAGUGUUCUAUGACAUCCCUCAAUUGAAUCUCAGCACGGUUUUCUCUUCGAUGAAGCUUGACGAAGAUCCCGAGAAAAUGCGUUUAAGCGGUUCCGGUGUGAUGGGCCCUGGCUACGGUAUUGGAGGAUUGGUGAUGAGGGAUGACUACCAUCAUCAUGACCAGCGCCGCUCCGUGGUUCACAUCAGACCACAUUUGGAUGACAGCCCCAGCCCCGAAGACACGACGCCAGUCCAUGCCAGGGAUCUUCGGGUUCACUAAGGAGCUUCAAAACACUGACCACCUAAAAUUUAUUUUCGUUUUUAACAACUAUGUUCCAACAGAGUAAAAUGCACUAAAGAUUGUCAGCCAACUUUCGUAAUUAGUAUGCAAGUUUAAAAAAAUACGAAUUGAUGUGACGUCUUGUUUUUAAUAGACGAUAAGUUCAGGGUGUCUAGAAAUAUUAAAGUAGAAAUAGAAAUAUAUACUCUAUCGAUAGCGUAAUGUUGUGUCUAUCAAUAUUAUUUCUGUUCAAGUAGUUUAAAAAAUGUAUUAAAGCAAAAAUUAUAUUAUUAGAUGUCUGUGUAAAAACACUUGCAUUGAUAGUUUUAGCGUUGUGGGUAUUUAUUACGAAACGUAGUUUUCUUUAAUCGCAUCCUAAUUGUAUUUACGUAAAAUAAAAACUAAUAAUUUGCAUGUAACUACUACUUUUAGAUGUUUAAAAAAUUCCGUAGAAGCAUGGGAUAAUAUUAUUAUAUGUACCUAUUUUAAUAAAAACCAAUUAAAUAUUUAGUUUGUAUUCACGGGAGUCCUAAUUUGCUUAUUUUCCUAAGAAUUAUUCUCAAUCUCAAGUAAAUGGCAUCGUAUUUUUGCCAUUUUUUAAUAUAUUGGAGUGGAAAGAGGCGAAGAACAUACAAGCCCUGCAUUAACAAGCGCUUACUUCUCCAAAUAUAUCAUAAUUUAAAAAAAUAUAAAAAAAAAUGUGAAUGAAUAUCAUUAGCACUAACUUCUAUUUUUUAUUGUCAGCCGUCCUUUAAGCAUUUUUUAACGCAUUAUUUUGUGCACAAUCUUAUUUUAUUAUAUAAAUCGAACUUAGUUCGUUAAAAGACUGAGGGGGUUUUCAAAUUUUCUCACUUUUCUAUUUCAAUAUAUAUAUAUAUAUAUAUAGAUUUCUAUUGAAAACUAUAUAAAAUAAAAAAUAUCAAUUUUAUAGAAUAAAUUUAAUACAAACAGACUGAAAAACAUGUCCCUCUGCAUAUAUUGUAUACGUUAAUAAAAUUUAAAAUCUAAAUUGGCGGCAUAUCAAGUUAGAGUCGAUUCAAAGAAAUUCUUCAGCUCCUAUGACUGCACAGAACAAGUUGUCGAUAUUUAUAUUAAAAACAUAAAAGGGAAAUUUAUUCAACUUCUUACUAUAUGGCUUUUGGGCCUUGGACCUACGCAUGCAAUGUGUGUGACUGUUAAACAUCAAAUGAUUUGCAUGUACAUUCCCCUUUAAUUGUUUUUUUCGUUGUUGCAUCUAAGCUAGUGUUAUAUUUAUUUUUAGAAUAUAAAAAUUAUGUCUAUACAUGUUGAUGUUUUCGAUGUUUAUUAGAAAAAUAACUUUUGUAAACUAUAGCAGAAAAAUAAUAUGUAGAAAAUGAAAUUAGAUGUCCUUAAAAUAUUACUAUCCAAAUAACUAUGUUAAAUUAAUUGAUGUGGCGAUCAUUUCACAACGACCUUGAUAGCAAAAUCAAUAUGGUGUACAAAAUGCGCAACUUCUUUUGGUGUUACCUCAACAAUAAAUAUAAAAGUCAAUAAUAUAAAACCUUUUCUAAUUAUGACGCUGCACUGAUCGCUAAUGUAAUGGCGGUCAGUGCUCACGGGAAAGAUUAAUUUCACAGCAUUUUUUUUAAUCAAAACUAUUUACGAUAUAAACAAUAAUUGUAUAAUGUUAUUGAAAUAUGACAAUAUAGCUUAAAGCAGUUUAGACACAGCUAUAUAAAUUAUAAUGUAUUUUAUUUUGGCUUUGAUAGGAACUUUUAUAGUAAUAUUAAGUUAUAAUAAAUAUAAGAUUGCUGAAUAUUGUUUAACAUUAAUCUUAAUCAAUAAUCAAAGAUGCAUAAAAUUCUACAAACAUAAUUCAUUAUAAUUGCUCGAAAUAUUCAUAUAUUUUUAGCUGUAUGUUUGUAACAAACAUACAGCUCAACCUACUUUAGGCUAUGUUCGACUCAACCUACUUUAGGCUAAAGAUAGCUGCAUGGUCUGGAAAACACAAUGAAAUCAGACAAAGGUUACUUUUUAUCCCGAGAAAACCUCGCCUCGACGUUUUGGAUUCAUAAUCUUAUUUAUUAUUUGGAAUGAAAUGUUUACGGUAUUCAGCAAUUAUUACAGGGAACAUUGUAUUGAAACUAGCAUGUUUUACCAAAAUCAAUAACAUAUUACUUAAUCAUUAUCAACACAAAUAAAUAUAGUAUACUAUAAAUACAUAUAAUGUAUCUAAGUAGAUAUUUAUAUCUUGAUAAAAUUUUAGAUCAAUAGGAUAAAACAUAUUAUAUACAAAUUGUAUCUGUCGAUAAAACACAAAAUGUCUUUAAUGGUAUUAACUGCAUAUUAUUAUGAAUGUAAUUGUAUCCGAUGCAAUUCUUAAAUAAAAGAAAACAAAUUAAA